AUGGCGUCGCUGCCGCCUCUGCUGCCGGAGCAGCGCACGCUGCGCGCGGCGCUGGACCAGCGGGGCGGGCUCGGGGAGCCGCUGCUGUCGUGCCACAGCUGGGGCCACGGCCCCAACGCCUACGAGGCGCCGGGCGACGGCCCCCUGCGGCGGGCGGCGGCGGCGGUGCGCGCGGCGGGCUGGGAGCUGUGGACCUUCUCGCGCAAGGACCCCAGGAAGCCCGUGUACGCGGCCAAGGUGGCCACGGCGCUCGCGCUCAUCACGCUGCUCGUCUUCCUCCGCGAGCCCAGCGACAUUGUCAGCCACUCCGUCUGGGCCAUCCUCACCGUCGUCGUCGUCUUCGAGUUCAGCAUCGGUGCAACCUUGAGCAAAGGCCUUAACAGAGGAUUGGGGACUCUGACGGCAGGUGGGCUUGCUCUAGCAGUUGCUGAAUCGGCAAGGCACAUGGGCGACCUGGAUAUAGUGUUUCUCAUCAUCAUCACCUUCGCUGUUGGGUUCGGUACAACCUUGAUAAAGGUACACCCCAAGAUGAAGCCGUACGAGUACGGCCUCCGCGUCUUCCUGCUGACCUUCUGCUACGUCACGGUGGCCGGGUACAACACGGGCGAGUUCGUCGGCGGCACGGCCGUGAGCCGGUUCCUGCUCAUCGUCAUCGGCGCCGCCGUCAGUCUCGCGGUGAACAUCGGCAUAUACCCCAUCUGGGCGGGAGAGGACCUGCACCACCUGGUGGCCAAGAACUUUGGCGGAGUCGCUAAAUCCCUAGAAGGAUGCGUCAAUGGAUACCUGACAUGCAUGGAGUACGAAAGGAUUCCUUCCAAGAUUCUCACGUACCAAGCUUCCGAUGACCCUGUGUACAGUGGGUACAGGGCGGUUGUCGAGGCACAGACGCAAGAGGAAACACUGCUGGGGUUUGCUAUAUGGGAGCCACCGCACGGGCCAUACAAGAUGAUGAAGUACCCCUGGGAGAGCUACACCAAGGUUGGCGGCGCGCUGAGGCACUGCUCCUUCGCCGUCAUGGCGCUGCACGGGUGCAUACUGUCGGAGAUCCAGUCGACGCCGGAGAACAGGAAGGUGUUCAGCGCCGAGCUCCACAGGGUGGGCGAGGAGGCGGCCAAGGUGCUGCGGGAGCUCGGCCACCGGGUGAAGACCAUGACCAGGCUGAGCUCGCCCAACAUCCUCGCCGAGGUCCUCCACGCCGCUGAGGAGCUGCAGACCAAGAUCGACCAGCGGUCCUACCUCCUCGUCAACACGGAGCGUUGGGGGGAGGACACCGCCGCCUCCACCACCACCCCUGCAGGAGCCGGAGCCUCCAGCGAAAAUGAGGCGCCGGAGCACGCCGUCGUCAUCAACGUCCCUACACUGCACAAGUUGGAGUCGAACGCGACCCCCGCCCGGGCCGCCGGGGUCGGCCUCCCUCCGCUGCACAAGUCGGAGUCGAACACGACCCUCGCCCGGGCCGCCAGCGUCAUCAUCCCUCCACUGCACAAGUCGGAGUCGAGCACGGCCCUCGCCCGGGCCGCCGGCGUCAGCAUCCCUCCGGUGCACAAGUCGGACUCAAACACGACGCUCGCCCGGUUCGACUCGGUGCCCAUGUCUUUGGCGGACGGUCUGGCGCUCAAGUCCCAGGGGUCGUGGCACCACCGGAUGCCGCUGUUCGAGGCCGCGGAGGCGAGGGCGUACGAGAGCGCGAGCGCGCUAUCGCUGGGCACCUUCGCGUCGCUGCUCAUCGAGUUCGUGGCGCGGCUUGGGAACCUCGUCAACGCCGUCGAGGAGCUCAGCGACAAGGCCGGCUUCAAGGAUCCCGUGGAGGAGCCGUCUGCGGCCAGCAGGAAGGAGGAGGAGGCUGGCGUUUUGGGCAGAAUGACCAGGUUUUUCAGGCUCAAGAGAUGAUGCGGAUGGCAAGAGACUAAUGAAACACUAAUUGAUGGCCAAUGGGUGGCCCAAUGUUGUUCAACUAACCAGACUUGGGUGUACCAAAGAAGCAUGCAGAAGGUCUGAUAUACAAGUUAUACAUGUAAAUACAAAUGUGAAGAUCGGAGAAUAUAAAUGCUUUCUCAUGCAGUAAAGUGAAACAGGAUGAGAGGAAUACUAUGUAAUUAUCAAAGUUUUCGACCCUAAUAAGUGUCACACACGUGUGGCAUGAAGCAAGUCCGUCCUGAUGGCAAGUUUAAUUACUCAGAACGACAACUUUAGUGUGAAGCAUGACAACUUUUUUUUUUGCCUUCUUUUACUCAAUAUGAAGUAAAUCGAGAUAAUUGCAG